AUGGCUCCGUUCUCGAAGAGCGGUCUCCAGGUACUCGCUGGCGAGUACCUGGCUGGUGCUUUUCUGAAGUGGGACGAAACGUCCCUGUUCGACCAGCUGUUUGCCGCGGGCUCCGAGCCCGAAAUGUUUGUCGUGAGCUGGGAGCUGACCGAGCUCCUAUGCAAGAUGGUCAUCGUCGUGGGGCCCGGCUCCCCCCAAACCUACCUCCUCCGUGCCGUCCUCGCACCCGAGUUUGCGUGGUUCGGCUUGCACUGGGCAGGGAUGCCACACCCUGCCCAGGUGUCCACCUACCCCUCCGACCUCCUCGACCUCCUCCACUCCCGCCCCCUGGCCGCAUCUGUGGCCCUCCACCAAAACCUGGGGGUCGGCGAGAAGUGGAAGGCCCUCGUCCACUCUCUGUGGGCUCACCUUGAGCCCUACCGCUCCUACUUCCCUGCCGGCAGGCCACAACCGACAGGUGGCAACGACAACGACGUCCUUCCACCAAUGGUGGACGUCGAGUACCCUCCUUCGCCCGUCGAGGAGGAUGUGGAGGGUGUGCUGCCCAUGGAGGGCGUUGAAUUUGGGUCCGUCCCCAUGACGGGGCCUCCCUCCCUCCCGUGGCUCCCUCCCUCCCCGUGGCUCCUCCCCUCCCCGUGGCUCUGCCCUCCCUCCCCGCCGUGCUGCCUUCCGUUCCUGCGGCCGGCCCCUCCACCAACAAGUACCGCCAACGGUACUAGAUGCCUUCGUGAAGACUGUUUGUGCCUGUCCCCCCACUUGCUGGGGGCGUCAGCCGUCAUCUUUCUCGUCGUUUCUGUUUCGUUGUAA